AUGGGUAAACGAAAAAGGCUGGCGCCAGCCAUGAACAGAGCUAUUCUCAGAAAUCUUUCACCUCAAAUUCGCAAUCAUCUUCUCGAUCCUCUAAAAUCCGUAACAAAUACUAUCACAUCAUCAUUUAUAGUUGUUUCCUGGACUCUUCCUACACAAAUAUUCCACUCUUGUGGGUCCGACUCAUCCCAUGAAGCAAAAUUUGCUCGAGCCCAGAAGCGACAUGGUGAAGUUGAGGAUGAGGUAAAGAAAAUUGAAUUAAAAGCUUAUGGUUCUAGGCUAAAGAAGAGGAUAGAGAAAUACUACGAGGGUGAUGAAGAGGCGAUUCCAGAAAUAUUUGAAGCUAUAUUGAAGAGGAAAUUGGCAGGGAUUAGAGAUAAGGAUGACGAAUUGAUGGCAGAAGUUAGGCGGAAAUCUCCAAGUGUGGAUUUUGAUUCUGAAUCCGACGAAUUGAAUGAUUCUAAUGGCGAGAAAGAAUGA